AUGGUGGUUGGCGACCGAAAAUCUGACAACGAUUUCAUGAUGAAUGUGGAAAAUGCUUUGCAAGGAAACGACGAGAUCGGGCUAUGCCAAUUGAUUUAUACAAAUCUAGAUAAAAUGGAACUGAAGAGGGCGACGAUCGCCAGCUCUUCCGGACUUUCUUGUUAUAAAGAAUUCUAUAAUAAAUACGCACAAAAAAUGAAGAAAAUACUUGCAAAACAAGAGGGAGACCAAUGCCCAGUAAUUCUGGGAAAAGCGGCUUAUCAUGACGUGAGAGCGGACGCCACCAAAGCCAUUGCCAGACUAACUGAGGCAUUAGUUUGUGACGAAAACGGGAGAGCCGUUGACUUCACUGAAACCAUAACAAAAGCCAAAUGUAGCCCAUCUGAAACGUCCAAGGAAAUUGAUCGACUCUUGUAUUUGGUUACGCCUAAACUGGAGGGGUGGCGGUUAGGGGUGGCUAAAGGAUGUGUCACAGUGUAUUUAACGAUACUGUUUGCUCCCGUGGAGGGCGUGGGACACGUGAAUGCGUGCAUAGGUUUGGCUGAAGUACUGCUGAGUCGGGGCCACAAAAUUGUGUUUGUCGUCAACCCGUCAUUUGUGAGAAAGUUAUCGCCGUUUGGUUUCAUCGAAAAGAUCAUGACUUCAGAGGAAACUAAUGCUAAAAAGCCGGGAGAAGACGGCGCCAAGAGUUUAAUAGAGUCGGGACUCCUCUCAAACGUAACGUCAUAUGAAUCGAUGAAAAUUAUGCAAACUAUAACUUUCUUCGAUAAAUUGGUGGACACAAUGAGGGCUAAUGAACCAAAACUUAAGGCUAUUGUCGCCAAACAUAAUCCCGAUCUAUAUAUCAUCGAUGACUUCGCCGGCUCUCCGACACUAAUCCACUCAACCAAACCCUGGGUUUCCCUCUUUUGUGGGAAUCCAUUGUUUGUUAUACACGACGAUAGGACUCCUCCCGGGUAUUCGGGCUAUCCUUCAAACGGUAAUCGAAAAGAAUGGGAAAAAUUCAAAGAAUUAUCAAAAGAUACUAUGUUUAAAAGUCAAAGCAUUAAAUAUAAUGAAUGGAUGAAAGAGGAAGGCUUUCCCGCAACCACUAAUAACCGAGUAAUUGAUGACUCGCCGUAUUUUAAUAUCUAUGGAUAUCCCGAAGAACUCGAUUACACAGACCUCAGACCACUUCCUGAGAAGUGGUUAAGAGUCGACACAUUUAUGAGAAGAGGAGAAAAACAAGAUCAGCACAAGAUUAUAGUCUCGAAGGGAGUUCUCGGAGACACAUAUGAAUUGGCGGACAAUAUGUGGGGCGAAAAGUCUGUUCCGCAGACAAAAGUGUUGCCAUUAGUAGAUGUGGUCAUAACCCACGGCGGGAACAACUCUGUGACCGAAACCGCACAAUUAAUGCCGAUUUGUAACAAAAUGUUCAUAUUUUUAAAUAAUUUCAAAACGGGACACAUCAAUGUCCAGUUUUACCCCUGCACUGGACACUGGACAGGACCAUCAAAAACUGGACAAUCCAGCCCAAAGCCUAGUUGUGGUAAACCAAUGAUAAUAAUGCCAUUAUUUGCCGAUCAAUACGAUAACGCACAGAGAGUUAUGGAAAAGGGAUUUGGGAUUAGACUUAAUCCGCACACCGUUUCAGAGCACGAAUUGCUUAACUCUAUUGAAAAGCUAUUGAAUGAUAAGGAAUUGAAACACAAAUUAUCCGUCGCUUUAAAACCGGUUAAUAGGAUUAGCCUUAAAGUUGUAAAUUGUGCCAAAUCGUUGAUUGAAGUGGAGAUGGAUGAGAUGAUGUCAGUCAACUCAUAUCGAAAUCUGGUGUUUAAACGAUGCUAUACGUUAACCACUAUUCGGGUGAUUCUCAAAGAAUAG